CCUCUCGGGUUUAAUCGAAUUGUGUGUGAUCCACGCGAAAAUAACACGAUCGAUAAGCGAUGCAAGCGCGUCAUCGUUCCCCACGUAUGAUUCUCCGCGAGCAUUCAACUGUAUACUCGUUUCAGCAUCGCUCAAAGAUGAGCGAUCCGGCUCGUAAUCGUCAGUAUCGCGCGAUCGCUGUUUACUACCGCUUUGAGAGUCUGUGAAUCGCACGAGUUAUUUUAUGUAGCGUAUAAAUAGAGAUCAUAUGAUCGAGAGUAGCCAAGAGACGCGAUUUUGCCUUGCGGGAACGAGAGCGAUGUUGAUCGUAACGUAUAAGUGAGUGUCCGUCCCCCUCUGAAGUCGAGUCAACCGAGAAAACGAAGGAGAGGAGCUUGAAUCCUUACGUUAUCGCGAGCACACCAACUGACACGUGAAUGGAUUGUCAUCUGCCUCGCGUACCGAUCUUGCCACAGACGUGAGACACAUAUCAUGGCGAGCUCGAGCGAAAACAUUACUUGCGGUGGCUUCGUGUUUUUCAACAACUUUGACUCGGCCAAUCUGGCUAAAGUGGAACAAGUGAGAAUACCAGAGACUUCUGAUAAAGAUGUUUACGAAAUUGAAAGUAAAUUGACCAAUAACUCGAAUUCUAAGGAGAUAUCGGAUUAUGAAUUUAAUAUAUGGACGAAGCACGAUUGUCAUGGUACACAAUUUCAAAACAACAAUAGGACUUGGUUCUAUUUCGGAGUCAGAUCUAAUUGUCCAAGUGUCUCGGUCAGGUUUAACAUAGUCAACUUGAACAAGCAAGUCAAGAUGUUUAGUCAGGGAAUGUGUCCAGUUUUUAAAAUUGUACCAGGACAUUUACAUUGGGAGCGAAUUCGUGAAAGACCUACAUACACUCUUGAUCAGAGAGGAAAUGACUUUACUUUAUCCUUCCUCUAUUACACUCCAGAAAAUUCAAAAGCUGUUACUUACUUUGCUUUUACCUAUCCAUUCUCAUAUACAGAUUUACAAAAUUAUUUGAAAAGGAUUGAUGCAAGAAUGGGUAAACGGAGUGUAAUGUGUACAGAUGAUAUCUAUUAUCACAGAGAAUGUGCAAUAAAAUCUUUGGAGGAUCGUAGACUAGAUGUAUUAACAAUAAGCUCUUAUCAUAACAUAUCAAUGGAGAGAGAAGAUAGACUGAUUAAUAUGUUUCCUGAAAAGAAUGAGGAGAGGCCUUACAAAUUUCGAGACAAAAAGGUAAUUUUUAUUAGUGCCAGAGUCCACCCAGGUGAAACACCGUCUAGCUUUGUUCUGAACGGUUUUCUCAAUUUUUUGUUAAAUCGCGACGAUCAGAUUGCCAUAAAUUUACGUCGCCUAUAUGUGUUCAAAUUAAUACCAAUGCUCAAUCCAGAUGGUGUCGCUAAAGGUCAUUAUCGCAUGGACACUAAGGGAGUAAAUCUGAAUAGGGUUUAUUUAAAUCCUUCUGAAGUAGAUCAUCCAACAAUAUAUGCUGCAAGAAAUUUAAUAAGAUAUUAUCAUAAUUUUUAUCAAGUACCAAGCGAUUUAAUCGACGAUCUAUCAGAUAUAAAUUUAGAAAUUGUAGACAGCAAACUAAGCAUUAUAAAUUCAACUGCUUCAAUAGCAAACGCUGUACGUGAUACAACUACAAGACUGUUGCAACAAGUAACAUUUAUGUCAUUGGACGAAAAUAGAUGCGCUCAGGAAACUAAUGAGAAACGUUUAUUGACAUUGGAAAAUUUGGACAGUGCAAUUAUUGAUGAGAGGGAUGAAUUAUCUAAAGAAAAUGGUAAGAAUGAUAACAUCGCGGAAGAUAGAACAAAUGACAAAGUAACUUAUACAGCCGUCGGUAUGGGCGAAGUAUCGAAGUCUUCGGAUAAUUCCGGACUGUAUUUAUACAUCGAUCUACAUGGUCACGCUUCGAAGAAAGGCGUAUUCAUGUACGGAAAUCACUUUGCCGAUCCGGAGGAUACUAUUACAUGUAUGCUGUUACCUAAAUUGAUGUCCAUUAACAAUCCAAACUUUCAUUUUACAUCCUGCAAUUUUGCAGAGCGAAAUAUGUACAUUAUAGACAAACGAGACGGCAUGUCGAGAGAAGGUUCGGGACGCGUAGCAGUUUACAAGACGACUGACCUAAUACGUAGUUAUACUCUAGAAUGCAAUUAUAAUUCUGGUCGUUUGGUGAAUACAAUACCAGCUAGAGUUCGCGAUGGGAUAAACAAAACUAUGAAUCACAUAUUUGUUCCUCCGAAAUAUACCCCAACAGUGUUCGAAGCGGUUGGAGCAGCGUUAGGUCCAUCCAUUCUUGAUCUCACUGGAAGCAAUCCCAACAGCCGAUUGCCAAAUAGCCAAUAUCGUUCUCUAAGAGGAGUAAAAUCUCAUUUGAAAUUAGCAUAUGUGAACAAUCUAUCCUCACCACCCAACAGAUCGAUGCGUAAGGAUAAUGAGGGUGUCGCGCAAAAUAUCUGCAUCCUGAAAGAAUUGGAGACAAAACUAAGCGACGCGGUAACGGGAGCGAAAAACGCCGUUAAGAAUGAAAGUAAUUUAGUGAAGAAAUGCAUUCUACGCCGCAGUGCCUCUCUUUAUGCAGCGGUAAAGAGAAUCAAGAGCAACAAGAAGCCUCGGCAAACACUUGCUCGUCGAGCAUUGAAGAAUCAUUGUUCUAAUAAUGUAGAGAACAGCGCGAUAAUCUGCGCGGUCAAAUCCAAAGUGGAAGCAAAAACCUUCCUAAAGACAAUCGAUCGCUAUCGAUCGAGUAAAUCUAAUGUAGAGUCAAUGAUCGGUGACAAUCUCGAACCGCGUUUGAGCACGAGUAAGAGAUUAACGAAUAAUUCGGCGAGGAUGCAUGUAUCUUCCGAAAAAACAGCAGCGGUAAGACACGGUGCGAAAAGAUUGAAGAUCGUUUCGUCCACUAAAACAUUCAAGGCUCUCCCUGAGAUCAGAGAAUCUAGCGUCAUGGACGAAACUGAUGCGAAAAUGUCCUUGAAGAUAACACGUGCUUACGAGAAACAGAAUGCUAAAGGAGAUAGGGCCAGACUUGGUGGACACAUCAAACCAGAUAAGUCCUUUAGACUGAAAGAAACAAAUAAGACUGCUGUUAAAGAGAGUUCCAUAUUUGAAGAAGAAACAUGUUUCCCAUAUUUGUAAUAUAUAUAUAGGAUGAGUUAUGAUGUAAUCCCAACAAACAAGAAAUACUUUCUUAUAAAGAAGUCUAAUAAAAAGUAUACAUAAGUAAAUUUUUUAUACAUUCUGAAUAUAAUAUGCAAAAUGUAUAGUUAAAUUUCUUAUUUGUAUUAUACUUGAUGAUACAAUGUAUCAUUGUACACUAUUUUUAAUGUUUCUUUUUUCGCAAAGUGAUAUAUAUUUAUUUGCCUUUUUAAUUAAAAGGCAAUAAAACUGUGAAAUUGCCAUAUAAAUGUAUAUAUCAUGUUAUUACAUAUAUAUUAGACACAAAAUGCUAUGUCAAUUAAUCAUAUAUAAUGAUAUUUAUUAUUUAUAUACUAAGUAUCCAUUUUUUCUCUAAUUUUCCAUACAAUUAUCUUUAAAACUAAUGCUUAGCCCAAAAACUUGUCACAAAUUAAAGUUAUUCGUUUAUUUUAAAAAAGAUAU